AUGCUACGAAAUAAGAGGCGUCUCACCGUGCCUGUAGCCGCGUCUCAUCGAAUAAGGAUGAACAGAGAUGCAUCUGACACUCACGAGGUCUCUUCCACAGAGACUGAUUUGAAAUUGAAGGAAGCUGAUAGCAGCGCAUCGUCUACUCGAAGUCAGCAACCUUCUCGUGCAUCCAAAAGGACCACGGACGACAAGUUGCUUGGUUCGAUGUCUGGUCGUUCACAUGCGCAGUCUACGGCUUCCGGUGUAACGUACACGGGUUCGAUCUCCGUCAAUUACAAUUGCCUCAUUCCCGCAGACUCCAUGGAAAAUGCACUUCAUUAUACCUCCGAGUCGCUAAGUCCUAACACCCAUCGUCUUGAAUCACUCAUCGCUCGUGCAAGUGUCGACAGUGCAGCGUCUACGAUUUCCACUUCAACAACAAGCUCAGGCAAAGCUCGUCGCUCGUCAAAAACACCAACUUCCUCAUCGCGUCCCCAUUCUACUGGAGAAAAUGAAACAGUGCAGGGCAAACCCAACGGUAUUUUCACUUCAGCGGGCAAGGCUAAAGUGGAAUCAUCAGCGAAUGACACAAAACUUCAGCUAGGCGCUUCCCCUCGAUCUACCAAAUCAUCUACACACAACACGGGUGCGCAAACCAAGACGAAUAAAGGAUCAGCACAAACAGGUAAAGUGACACAGUCUGCACGUGCACGGGAUGAUGUAACCACCGAAAAUGGCGUUCCUGACUCUGGACGUAAAUCAGUUACCAUCAUGCUUAAAACUUCGCCCACUCAUGAAUUCCACAGUACCAAAGCCCUUCAGACACAGCAUAGCACCUGUGUUACCCCAAAUACCCGUCCACAAACGAAGAAAGUUGCUGAAGUGGUCGCGUUGCACGAAAAACAAGAGUCUGGUUCCUCCCAGUCGACAGCUGAUUUAGCCUCCAACUACAACACAACUUCGGUAACACCAUCUGAAACUGCUAUUGCAGAAGUGUUGACUAUCGUAAGUCAUUUGAAGGAUCUACGUCGUCGACCCAUUCAGUCUGCUAUCAUUGAUCUUGGUCAGCGUAAUCAUAAUUUGAGUGAAAAUGAGGUUUUGUCUGCCCUUAAUACAUUAGUUUCCCGUGGUCAGUUGAACGAGGUCGCUUUCUCUGAUGGUAUAUCUUAUCGUUUCGGCCCGCCUAUCGUGGCACGCGGUGAUCUCAGUCAUCCAAACACAUUGUCAGCCAAAAUCAAGGCCAAGUAUGCAUCCAAAAUCAAAAGAAAAAGGGGACAAAAGGUACCAAGUGCACCCCCAGGUAGCAAACGAUCAUCCUCUUCUGCAGAAGUGCAUGGGACUGCGGCUAAAAAAACAAAAGCCAACUCCACAGUAUCAAAUUCUACGCCUGCCCACCCAACACACGGUCCAUGGGCUACUCCAGCAAAUCAGUCUUGGCCAGCCUAUCAGUCUACAUUUGGUAGGGUAUUAAAACCAACAGCCGUACGAGCAAUUGCUUUUAGUCAGUUACUUCGCAACGGUUCACUAGCGAAUCAGUCGUUGGACGCACCAAAUUCAGACAAGGGAAAUGGAGCAGUUUUGUCGGCGAUCAGACUGUCACAUACUGCCGAAAGUGGUUCCACUACAGUUCAAGAUAAUUCCACAGACCCGGGUUCCGUGUUGCAUUCCACUGGGCCACCAGCAAAUGGCGUUAGCAGCACGUCUCGCCGUAGCAGCUCUCGUCAGUCAGACACUGUGUACAAAUUCAAGUCAAUAUUGGUGAAGAGAAAUGUUGACGGUGGUUUUACCGAGAUCUGGCUUCAAUCCCCGGGUUCUCUGCUGAAAAACGCCUUCACCAUCCAGGUGCUAGAAGAGCUCACCGCUGCUUUAAACCAAGCAGUUUUCGAUGCCAGUCGACUUGUGAUGAUCUGUGGAAUGGGAACCGUGUUCAGUGCGGGGAUCGAUCUGACUGUGCUCACUGGUCCGCUACCAUGCAGAUCUAUGUCAGCUAACUCACUCCAUAGUCAUUCCAAUUCUGCCUCUGCCCCUUGGGAUCAGGCCCAUACUGUUCCUUCAGCUCAUCAGUGCUAUUGCGCGUCGCAAUCCACAUCGUCUACUGGUAACUGCAACAAAUUCGUUCACUCCAACUCAGCAACUUGUGCGCACAAUUCGUCCAAUCGCCCUGUUAAUCCCAAUAUCAGUUGCACUGAUCAAUCUGUUUGUCAGCGACUUGGUUCAACCUUGCGCGCGUUCCUCCUUGCUCUUGUCGCAUUUCCAAAACCAGUCGUGGUGGGUGUAAACGGACCUGCUAUGGGCUUGGCCGUUGCAAUGCUCCCACUUUGUGACUUGGUCUAUGUGAGCGAUGCUGCUACAUUUCAGAUUCCUUAUACAAAACUUUGUCAGAUACCUGAGGGAGGAGCUAGUUUCACACUGGCCUCAUUAGUUGGUUUGCCCCUGGCAAACGAUUUACUGUUGACUGGUCGAAAAUUGUCCGCGCGGGAAGCUCUACAACGUGGUUUAGCCUCUGAUUUGCUCUAUCCGAAAUGUUUCAAGGAAGAAUUGGUGAUGCGUUGCCGUAAACUCGCCGCUUCCUCACCGAUGGCUCUAGAGAUGACCAAGUGUAUCCUUCGAAUGCAACACCGAGAGCGCAUCGAGUUUGUGAUCAACACCGAGUGCCGUAAACUAAUUGAACUGUGGCAAACUUUGGAGUUCCGCAGCUCCGCCCUCGAGUUCCUACUUAAAGAUAUGGGUGAUUUUCUCUGA